AUGUCCUCCAAACCGCAAUCAUUCGUCAUUCUAGGAGCCGGGGUCAUUGGCCUAACCAGCGCUCUUAGCUUGAGGGAAACCUACCCCGAUGCCGAGAUUGUCAUUGUCGCCGAGUAUUUCCCAGGCGAUUAUAACAUUGACUAUACAUCCCCAUGGGCCGGCGGCAACUGGUGUUCAUCGGCCACUGAUAAUGGAGUUCUUGAGGCUUGUGAUCGUGUCACUUUUGAAAAGUUUGAUCACCUGGCACGGGCCGUCCCUCAAUGCGGCAUCAAGAGAUCGCCUCUGCGCAUGGUCUUUGAUCAGAACAUCAAGGAUGCAGAGAUACUGAGCAAAGAUACGGACAAGGUUUGGUAUGAAGAGCUUGUUGGGGGCCUUGACCCGAUCCCUCAAGCAGAGUUGCCAUCUGGUGCUGUAUUUGGGCUCGAUAUGAGAUCAACCUUUGUCAUCAAUACGCAAGUCUAUUUGAGAUGGCUUCUAGAAUGCUGUCAGGAAAAACAGGUUCGUCUCGUACGCAAGAGAGUGUCGCACGUGCGCGACGCUGCCGCUGCAGCUGGCCUCAAAGACAUCUCGGCGCUGUUCAACUGCACCGGCCUGGGAUCGUACUCCCUCGGAGGCGUCGAGGACAAGAGCAUGUAUCCGACCAGGGGCCAGGUCGUGCUCGUCGAGCAGCCUCUGGUCCCGUUGAAGCGCAUGUACUUUCGCUCGCCUCGGCGCGUGGACAAUGACACUACCUACGUCUUUCAGCGACCACUAGCCGGCGGAGUCAUUCUUGGCGGGUGUCGCGAAAACGGCAACUGGAGUGGUGAAGUAGACCUCGACUUUGCCCAGCAGAUUAUGAAGAGGUGUUGUGCGCUGGCUCCCGAGCUCGGCAAGCCAGAGGACUUGAAGGUGAUCAAGCACGGAGUCGGGCUGCGACCCAGUCGACGCGACGGCCCUAGGAUGGAGGUGGAAAAGAAGCCCGACGGGCUGCUUAUAGUGCACAACUAUGGCGCCAGUGGUGCUGGCUAUCAGGCAUCUUGGGGGAUGGCACAGCACGGUGUUAAGCUGUUUGGCGAGGCAACGACAAAAGCGUCAUAUCGAGCGCAACUUUGA